UCUCUCUCGGCCUCUCCGCUCCGGUUGCACGCAACAGAAGUACUCCUCCCCUCCUUUUUUUUGUUGCGAGAAUCCUCCCCUCCCUCCCCCCACCAAAUCCGCCGCCGCCAAAAUGCUGUCCCUUCUCCGCGCCGCCGUCUCCGGCCGCCUUCGCCGCACCCUCUCCACCGCCGCCGCGCGCCCUCCCUGGGCGAUGAUGUACCGGAUCUCCCAGGGGUCCAGCUCCACGGGAAGCGUGUCGUCCUCGCUCGCCCCGCCGCCGUCCGUCUCCUCCGUCUCCAUGCCCAGACACGCCCCCGACAUCGACCCCUUUCCGCCCCAACCCAAGUGCAUCAGCCUGUUUAAGGGCCUCGUCCACGCCGCCAGCGGCCACGGCUUCCUCCUCCUGGACACCUGCAGAGCCCGCCUCCAGACUCAUGACCUCAAGCUCCUCUACCAGAGGUUCGCGCGCUUCGUCUGCAACCCGGUCACCGGCCAGCUGCUCCGCCUCCCGGACUUCGACGGCGCCGAGAAGACCCUUACCAACGGCAUGGGGCUCCUCACCCAGGCUUACGGCGCCAGCGGGCCGCCCAAGAGGUAUGCCGCUGCUCAGCUCACCGAGGUCGACGGCGGGCGGCGCUUCCUGCUGCGCCGGUUCUCCUCGGAGUCGGGGGACUGGGAGGAGCUGGUCCUUCCUUCCCCGAUGCCGCCUCACCGGCGAAUGUACAUGAUUCACGAGGUGCUGGACUUCGGAGGCCGGCUCUGGUGGGUGGACGUGAGCUGGGGCGCCAUCUGCGUCGAUCCGUUCAGCGACCGGCCUGAACUCUGCCCCGUCGAGCUGCCGGCACACAGCAUGCUUCCUGACCAACUGGCCGAGAGCGAAAUGAGGCGGCUUAUCAAGCAUCGCCACGUGGGGGUCAGCGCCGGCAGGCUGCUCUUUGCCGAGGUCGACCCGUUCCAUAUCAGAUCCUUCACGCUCGACGACGAGAGCGGCCGCUGGACGCUGCAGCACCAGGUGUCGGUUGAUCUUUUGCCUAGUGGAGGUAAUGCCAAGGAGAUGCCUUUUGUUGCUGCUGUCGAUCCACUGGACACCAACCUGCUGCAUCUCAACGUGGACAGAGUUAAUUUCAGCAUCGACAUGUCCAGGAAGAGGAUGAUUGAGAUUACUGCAAUACCUAGUGGCAUGUAUGCUCCGAGGGAGGCCGCAACAACCUCCUAUCUACCUUGUGUGCUCCCCUCAUUUCUUCGAUCAAGCACGAUUCCAGGUGAUCACAGAUUCACAGUGACACAUUUCUUGAAAAAGGAGCUGUGUUGAUGAGACUCCAUAUAUAUGCUUAGUCUAAUUCAUGUGUGUUUGGCCCCUUGUGUUCCGCAUUUGUUGUGUUCUUGGGGCAUGCUUCUAGUUUGUCCAAAUGUCUCUUCAAGCAUUUCAACCUGAUGGUUUUCCAAUCUUGUUAGCUAUUGCCUUGGUCAUAGAGAAAUUAUCUUGAAACGUGUAUGCAGUAUAUGAGUGAUUUAGCUUUU